AUGCUGGAUCUGGAGGUGGUGCCUGAGCGCUCUCUGGGGAACGAGCAAUGGGAAUUCACGCUGGGAAUGCCUCUGGCUCAGGCAGUAGCCAUUCUUCAGAAGCACUGUCGCAUCAUCAAAAAUGUCCAGGUUCUCUACAGUGAUCAGUCUCCUCUAAGCCAUGACCUCAUCCUUAACCUGACUCAGGACGGGAUCAAACUACUGUUUGAUGCUUUCAAUCAGAGACUUAAGGUGAUUGAAGUAUAUGACUUGACUAAAGUAAAGUUAAAAUAUUGUGGAGUACAUUUUAACUCUCAGGCCAUAGCUCCCACCAUUGAGCAGAUUGACCAGUCUUUCGGUGCAACCCAUCCUGGUGUAUACAACUCUGCUGAGCAGCUCUUCCACCUCAACUUCAGAGGACUGUCUUUUUCUUUUCAGUUGGACUCGUGGACAGAAGCUCCCAAGUACGAGCCCAAUUUUGCUCAUGGUCUAGCUUCUCUCCAGAUUCCCCACGGAGCAACUGUGAAACGAAUGUACAUCUACAGUGGAAACAGCCUUCAGGAUACCAAGGCUCCCGUGAUGCCCCUGAGCUGUUUCCUGGGCAACGUGUAUGCUGAGAGUGUAGACGUUCUUCGAGAUGGAACUGGACCCUCAGGUUUACGACUUCGCCUACUUGCUGCAGGUUGUGGACCUGGCCUGUUAGCAGAUGCCAAGAUGCGGGUAUUUGAACGUUCAGUAUAUUUUGGUGAUUCUUGCCAAGACGUUCUUAGCAUGCUUGGUUCUCCACACAAAGUCUUCUAUAAAUCAGAAGAUAAGAUGAAAAUUCAUUCUCCUUCCCCCCAUAAACAAGUCCCAUCCAAGUGCAAUGACUACUUUUUUAACUACUUCACUCUUGGAGUGGACAUCCUCUUUGAUGCGAACACUCACAAAGUGAAGAAGUUUGUCCUUCAUACCAAUUACCCUGGGCAUUAUAAUUUCAAUAUUUAUCACCGUUGUGAGUUCAAGAUCCCAAUAGCCAUAAAGAAAGAAAAUGCAGAUGGUCAGACAGAAACAUGCACAACCUAUAGCAAGUGGGACAACAUCCAAGAGCUCCUGGGUCACCCUGUGGAGAAGCCUGUUGUCCUUCACAGGUCCUCCUCCCCAAACAACACCAAUCCAUUUGGCUCCACAUUCUGCUUUGGUCUUCAGCGGAUGAUCUUUGAGGUCAUGCAGAAUAACCACAUUGCCUCGGUGACCCUGUAUGGCCCCCCCAGGCCUGGUGCCCAUCUGAAAACAGCAGAGCUCCCCUAG